AUGCGAUUUCUUCGAAGUCUUGGCAGAAGAACACUAGAAGAAAGUGGUUCCGACACGAUUGCUGUGACUAAUUGUGAUCAUUGGUUUGGUUACGUUUUAGCCUGGUCACUUCUCGAAAUACGACAUGAUAAAAAUUACAAUGUCCGUGUUCUCACUCGUACGCGUAAUAAGUACACGGAUGAUUUGGAUAAAAAAGGGGCGGAGAUUUUUGAGAUUGAUUAUGGAAGAAGCGAGACGCUUGAAACUGCCCUUGGUCACGUUGGAUGGCUAGUGGUUGUUCCCGAGGCGGAUCGUGAUCGUGUUAAAUGGGCAAAAACCCUUGCUGAUGCGAUUAAAAAAAUUGAUGUAUCAAAUGUGAUAACUCUUUCAAUGCUUGGAGCCGGUGAUUCGAAAACUCGAACAUUAGCUGACUUUAGAGAUAUUGAAAAAGCAGUGGAAGGUUCUGCCAAAAAUUGGGUAACUUUAAGACCUUCGUUCUUAAAUCAAUCAUUUUUCGUUUUCGAGAGAAAAAUCAGAGAAAGUAAACAGCUUACGAUCAAUGCCGGGGAAGAUGCUCGUUGGUCACCAGUGGAUCUUGACGAUGUGAUCUACGUUCUAUCAAAAUUUGCGUUCGAUAAUAAUGGUCUUUUACGACCUGUUUUAGAAGAGGAACAUCAACAUAAAAUCUACACAUUAACAGGCCCUGAUUUGGUUACCGGUCCACUUCUUGCUGAUGACAUUAAUUCAGCUAUUAAAGCGAAACCACGUACAAUUAAAUUCAUGGAAGUCACGCGAGAAGCUCUUGAAGACUAUUUGUUGGGCAGGGGUAAUCAACGUGAUAGAGAUUUGUUUAGGAGCCUUGAUAGAAGAGACUUUCAUCUUGACUAUCCAAAGCCCGGGAAGCUUAAUCAAAUUGCAGCUUCUUUAAUCUUGGACUUUUUCGAAUACGUGAAUACCGGAAAAGCUGGAUAUUUGUCUGGCGAUUUUAAAGAUAUUACUAACG